GACAUUGAAUGGGGAGACCGGGCGCGAGCGAGGCGCGCGCGCACCCGGGCGCACCCCCGCCGGCCCGCUAGCUCCGAGGUCCCGGCCACGUAAGUCAGUCUUCACGCCGCCGCGGGGCGAUGCGGGCGUGCUGAGCGCGGGGCUGGCCUCGGGCACCGCCGGCCCUCCCCUUCCACCCGAAACACCCGUCCCGCUCCCUCCGAGGGGGAAAGGAGCGCAUCCAAGAAGAGGAAGAAAAGCUGCAAUUGCUUCCCCAACCGACCCUUCCCGGCACACCGGGUGCAGCGCGGGGAAGCCGCCGGGCGCUCCGGUUGCAGAUCCUUCCCAGGCAGGAGCCGGGGACCCCGCGGGAAGGAAGGAGCGCCGCCGCGCUCUGGGCUGGCGGGGCUGGGGGCGCACCCCCGUGCAGCGCCCGGAGGAGACCCCCGGAAGCUCGGGAAGCCGGAGACCAUCGAUCUGCCCUGGACUCUGCCCGCACGCCUCCCCCCUCUCCUCGGAGGACCGUCCGGAGCAGCGGGAGCGGCGGCGGCAUGAGCCGGUGCUGACGGCGGCCGGCCCGCCCGCGCCGCCCUGCGCGCCCCGCUUUGCAAUCUUUUGUUGGCAGCGCCGGCCGCUCCGAGUGAAAUGCUCCCUGGCUUUUUUUCUUCUUCUUUUUUUCCUCCCGGUCUGUUUGUUUAAUUCUUGGGAGAGCUCCUGCGAUCUUGGAAAAGCCUCAGACGCCAUCUACAGUUAAACCGUAGAUCACUCCCCUCUCCGGCAUCCUCCCCCCCUUCCACGCCCCCCACCCUUUCCACCAAAAAAGGGGGUGCAGCGCGGAGUCCGCCUGCCGCGCGGCGCGAGCCGGGAGCCCCGAGCCGGUUUCCUUUCUCUCUUUUCGCGUCUCCAACGCGCGGAGGGAGAGUGGCGGCCGCCGCGCUCCCCGAGGACCGCACCGACCCGAGCGAGCCGGGCGCCUCCGACCCGCCUGCCUGCACGCCCGCAGCCCGCGCGGGGCUCGCUCCGGGGGACACGGCGCCGCAGCUCCCCCGUUAGCCGCCCGGCUCCUCGCCUGGACCCGCGUCGGAGACCCAGGGAGAGAGAAACUGAAAAAGCGCGGCGAUCCUGCACCCCGCCGGCCGCUUCGGGGGGAACAAAAGGACCCGAGCCGCUGCCGACCGAGCCAGAGCCCCCCGCCCCGGCGCCGGGCUCUCGGAGCAGACCAGGUGCCCAGCUGCACCCUUUCGGGGGGACCCCGAACUCUCUCCCCGCGUGGCCCCCUUCCCGCCGCAUCCCUCCCCUCGCGCCCGCUUUUAACAUCAUCCUUGGCCCCGAGGCGCCUGCACAGCCUCGCUCGCCAGCGACUCGGACUCGUCCCCCGGCGGCGGGUGUUGGUGCGCCGGCGGCCGGGCGCGCGGCCCCCCCACACCCAUGAACAUACACAGGUCCACCCCCAUCACCAUAGCGAGGCAUGGGCGAUCGCGGAACAAAACCCAGGAUUUCGAGGAGCUGUCGUCGUCCAUAAGGUCCGCCGAGCCCAGCCAGAGCUUCAGCCCGAACCUCGGCUCCCCGAGCCCGCCCGAGACCCCCAACUUGUCGCACUGCGUGUCCUGCAUCGGGAGGUACUUGCUGCUGGAGCCGCUGGAGGGGGACCGCGUCUUCCGCGCCCUGCAUCUGCACAGCGGGGCCGAGCUGGUGUGCAAGGUGUUUGAUAUCAGCUGCUACCAGGAGUCCCUGGCGCCCUGCUUUUGCCUGUCUGCCCACAGCAACAUCAACCAGAUCACCGAGAUCAUCCUGGGGGAGACCAAGGCCUACGUGCUCUUCGAGCGCAGCUAUGGGGACAUGCACUCCUUCGUCCGCACGUGCAAGAAGCUGAGGGAGGAGGAGGCGGCCAGACUGUUCUACCAGAUCGCCUCGGCCGUGGCCCACUGCCACGAUGGGGGGCUGGUGCUGCGCGACCUCAAGCUCCGGAAGUUCAUCUUCAAGGACGAAGAGAGGACCCGGGUCAAGCUGGAAAGCCUGGAAGACGCCUACAUCCUGCGGGGAGAUGAUGACUCGCUCUCCGACAAGCACGGCUGCCCGGCCUACGUGAGCCCGGAGAUCCUGAACACCAGCGGCAGCUACUCGGGCAAGGCCGCCGACGUGUGGAGCCUGGGCGUGAUGCUGUACACCAUGCUGGUGGGGCGCUACCCUUUCCAUGACAUUGAGCCCAGCUCCCUCUUCAGCAAGAUCCGGCGCGGCCAGUUCAACAUUCCAGAGACGCUGUCGCCCAAGGCCAAGUGCCUCAUCCGGAGCAUCCUGCGGCGGGAGCCUUCCGAGCGGCUCACCUCGCAGGAGAUUCUGGACCAUCCUUGGUUUUCCACAGAUUUCAGCGUCUCCAGUUCGGGAUAUGGUGCUAAGGAGGUGUCUGACCAGCUGGUGCCGGAUGUCAACAUGGAGGAGAACUUGGACCCUUUCUUUAACUGAGCUCGUGCCCCGCAGAGACUGGGCUGGUACCGGAGCGGCAGAGGGCAGCAAAGAAGGGACUUCUUCCAGGGCCCAUGGGUCACCUGGCUCCGUAGCAGGAAUGGCACUGACUCACAGGUUUCUUGGUUCAAAGAAGGAAAACCUUCAAGGAGCUAACUGAACAUGUAGCAUGGGGGCGAGAGGUGUGUGGUGGGGUCAGGCUCUGGGGCCGGGGCAGGGGUGGGGGGAAGCCCCCUUCCGUGUCUCCUCCCUGUUGGAGCCCCGAGACCACCCCUCCUCAGUUGGCUCCGUCUACGCCCACUUUUCAUUUUGUUCAAAACUAGUUGCAGAUCCUGACAGAAUCGAAACUCUCUGCCUCAAACCCACAUCUCGGCAUCGCACUGUUAGCAUCUAACUUCUUGUCAUGAUUCAGGGAAGGUACAAUCGGCCAAGGGUUUCCCUUUUUUUUUUUUUCCCCUUUUCUUUUUUCCUUUCGAAACAAGCCAACCACCUAUCUGACAAUUACACGGUCACUUACAGAAAAUUCGGUGCACACAGACUGACGUGAAACCUGGGUGCUACGCUAAAAGAAAGUCCAGUUUGUGUCUCUUCAUCGCGCUCUCAACUCAUUCCUUCGAACUCAAGUUUUUACUAUCCCAGUCAGGAAGUGACGUGUUCAUUCUUGGCUCCCUGAAAAGGGGAGGGGCCCGGCCUCUAAUAAGCUAUUCUGUUUCGUGUCCAUUGGUUUGUGGCAGGAAGCUCUUAGACGUCAAACUUCCAGAGCAUCACUGCCCUCCUGGUUUCAAGAAAGAAAGAUGAAAGGAGAAAGGCCUUUGCCUCCUUCAUCUUUUUUUUUUUCCUCUUGAAUGACCAGGGCUGCCCAGAAGGCACCCCGCUGGGCGGAGAUGGCAGUGAGAGAGCGGGAAGCUUGGCCUCGGAAGCUUCUGGAAGCUUCUACAACCCGGGGCUCUCUUUUUCGUCUUUGAUUGGAGGUGAGCGGAGCAAAGCAGGUUGUGCCCCAGGUGUGACACACAGGGCAGCUCUCCCGUGUUCUUCGGGAAGAAUGGCCCUCCUGCCUGCGAAGGCCCUCUGGUCUGGACAGAAACCCUCGGUAGAGAUAAGCGGGAAAGACAAUAAGCUGAUAAGCGAGGAUGAUAUAAAUAAAAACAGCUUCUACCCACACACGCACCUUUAUAUCUUUGAGAACUCUUCUAUUUAUUAAGGAAAAUGUCACAUCGUGAUGUAUUAAGCCAGUACUUCAAUUACGGGUUGACUUGGGAUGACAUGCUACAUGCUGUCGUUAACAUUUAUAUAUAUAUAUACACACACAUAUAUAUAUUUUUUUCUUUUUUUUUUUUUUACUGUUUGAGUAUUUCUGUUGCCGAAAUAACCUUUCCUUUGGCUUUUCUAGCUAGCUCUAUUUGAUUUUGAGUGGCCAAUGUUUUUUUUUUUUUUAUUAACGACUUUUCUAUCGCUGUAUGAUACAGAACUCUUUGGGCAUAAAUACUUGUGUUUCCAGUACCUCAGUUGUUUGGAUCUUACUGCCUGUAUCCAUUUUUGUGAACUGGUCCUGUUUUUGGGUAGGUGACACGUGGACUCUUAGUAUGUAAAUGUUACUUGAAUCUGUGCUCCAUUAUCGUAUGUGGCAUGUAUGUGCGGACCGUGGAUGCUUCACGCCUGCCCAACAGGAGCCCGGCCAGCCGCUUCCCGAGAGGGCGGCGCCCCCGUUUGUGUGCGGAGACAAGGCGGCCACGGACGUGCCCUGGCUUCUAUGUUGAUGACAGAAGAUGGAGAGGAGAGAGGUGUCUCACACUCUGAGGAUGGUGCUGUGGUGAGGAGGAGGACCUGCCUCCUUCCCUCCCCCUGUAUUUUUGAAGGACCCGGGAGGAGGAGAGAUGGGUGACGUGCAUGGUGGGAAUCUGUGGCCUCUGGUGCUUUGUCCUGUAUUUGGUUUCAUGUUUUUGUCCUAAUCCCUUCAAUCAAUAAAAUUGUGCGUAUUUAACUAAAA